AUGAGUGCUGAUCAUACAAGAGAUCCAUGUCCAAUAGUUAUAUUGAAUGAUUUUGGUGGUGCAUUUGCUAUGGGUGCUAUAGGUGGUUGUGUUUGGCAUGGUAUAAAAGGUUUUAGAAAUUCACCAUAUGGAGAAAGAGGUUAUGGUGCAUUAUCAGCUAUAAAACAAAGAGCACCAAGAGUUGGUGGUAAUUUAGGUGUUUGGGGUGGUUUAUUUUCAAUAUUUGAUUGUUCAGUAAAAGCAAUUAGAAAAAGAGAAGAUGCCUGGAACGCAGUUAUUGCUGGAUUUUUCACAGGUGGUGCAUUAGCAAUAAGAGGAGGUUGGAAACAUACAAGAAAUUCAGCAAUAACUUGUGCUUGUUUAUUAGGUGUUUUUGAAGGUGUUGGUAUGAUGAUGCAAAGAUUACAAGCUCAACCAACAAUGGCACCAGUUUAUCCAGAAGAACCACAAGCAUUAGCUGCUUAA